GCGUAUUUGAAGAGUUUACUUGUUCAUACGUUGUAGAAACUGUAUAUUUUUAGGAAAACUUGAAAAUCGAGAAGAGUUAAUCGUUUGUCAUAGACUGAAAUGAAAAUUAAACACUAUUUCAACCAUCCUUGACCUACUGUGAUAAUAGAUUGGAAGAUUGGAAGAAAAGAUGAGGAGAAACGUUGCUUUUUUUGGAGCGGCUAUGUUCUGCGUCGGAUGUUUUUCUCUGUAUUUAAUGUUAGAAUCGUCAACAACAAGUCCUAGAGUAAUGAAUGAUCAAGAUGUAAGUCUUUAAGUAUGAUUAGUGUCUUUUCUCUGUUUUGAUCACUCUUUUAGCUGGAAUAAUUAUAAUAUUUAGCAAGAAAGUAUAAAAAUUUCAAACGUAUGAGAUCAACCAGUUACAAGAGAUAACACUUGUAAAAGAGCAUAGAAUAUGUAAAUUAAAACUUUCAGUCCUUCAUCUCAUGUCAUAAUUACAUGUUGCAUUAUUGAAAUAUGAAAAAUUAAUAAUUAUUCAAAGAGAACGACGUUAAAGUUCAAAAUCAGAAGAAUCGUCCAAUUAGUUAAUUGAACUUACAUGUUCAAUAAUAUCUUAAUAGAACCUACUUAUACAUUUAUCCUUUUCAUUCCAUAUGCAUUAUAAUUGUCUGUGUCUAUAUAUAAGCUUUCUUUUCGCAAUUUGUUUAUUUUCUUGUUAAUUUAACAACUCAUUUUCAAUACUUCUUGUUCAGGAUGGUACUACGAAAUCUAAAUACAGAAUCAAACAAAUGGUACAAUAAGAUAAACUAUCCUUUUAGUACUUGCAUAAUUAAUUCUAAUUUCUGAUAUUAAAGGGUGAAGUUGAUAAAAUUGAAUGGAAAAUUCAGGAAAUCGAACAAGAACUAAAGAAAAAUCACGAAACAAUCAUAAGAAUUAAGGAAAUGUUAUCUGAUCUAUCGAAAGGAGAUAAUAUUAACGUUGAUAAAUUGAAGGUAAAUUAUUUUUACUAGCUUAGGCAUUAUGAUUAUUUUUAUUAUUACUAUAGUAAAAUUUUUUAUAACAAUACGUUUCGUUAUAUAACCCAAACAAAAAACACAUAAAAACGAAAACUGACCCACUCUUACCCAUUUACCCGCAUCCUCCAGAAUUUAGUAGAUCAAUUUGAGAAAUCACAAAACAAUAAAAAGAAAUUCAUACAACCGCAAGAAAAUAAACCUGUUUUACUAAAUCAAACUCAAUUUUCGAAAACUGGGAUAACACUGUCUCCUGAUACCUGUGAGUUAGCUGAGAAACCUAAUCCUGUUGGUCCUAAUAUUGAGAUGUUGCAAACUUUUGCCACACUGCCUUUUAGUAACCCCGAUGGUGGAGUCUGGAAACAGGGAUGGGAUAUAACUUAUUCCCCCUCUAGGUGGACUACAGAUAGACCUUUGAAGGUUUUCGUAAUACCUCACUCACAUAACGAUCCAGGAUGGAUAAAAACCUUUGAUAGAUACUUUCAAGAUCAAACAAGGCAUAUUCUAGACAACAUGGUACAAAAAUUAGAACAGCAUAGUAAAAUGACUUUCAUAUACGCGGAAAUGUCAUUUUUUAGUACUUGGUGGAGUCAACAAAACGAUGCGACCAAGGAAAAAGUAAAGAGAUUCCUUAAUGAAGGUCGCUUGGAAUUGCCAACGGCUGGUUGGGUUAUGACUGAUGAAGCAAAUUCUCAUUACAGCGCGAUGCUUGAUCAAUUAAUUGAAGGAAAUAAUUGGCUAUUUGAAAAUGUAGGAGUAAGACCCGACAGCGCUUGGUCAAUAGAUCCUUUCGGUCAAUCCUCUACAAUGGCGUAUUUACUAAAGAAAACUGGAUUUAAAAAUAUGCUUAUACAGCGUGUUCAUUAUACAAUUAAAAAAUAUUUAGCUGAAAAGUCCAAUUUGGAAUUUAUGUGGCGUCAAAAUUGGGAUCUAUCUGGAAAAACAGACAUGUUCUGUCAUAUGAUGCCUUUUUAUUCGUAUGAUGUACCGCAUACUUGUGGACCAGAUCCGAAAAUUUGUUGCCAGUACGAUUUUAAGAGAUUACCAGGUGGAAAGAUUGCUUGCCCUUGGAGAAUUGCUCCCGUUCCAAUCACUGACGGUAACGUUGCACAAAAAGCUGAGACGUUGUUAGAUCAAUAUAGAAAGAAGGCAUCUUUAUACAAAAGUGACGUUGUCCUAAUUCCUUUAGGCGAUGAUUUUCGUUACGAUAAGCCAGACGAGUGGGACAACCAAUACAACAAUUAUCAGAAACUGUUUGAUUAUAUGAAUGCUAAAUCGGACUGGCAUGUUGAGGCAAAAUUUGGCACUUUAAGAGAUUAUUUCGAAGCAUUAGCUAAUAGGGAAAAAGUCAAAAGGGGGGAGAGACCCGAUAACUAUCCAAUUCUCGGCGGUGAUUUCUUUACAUAUGCAGAUAGAGACGACCAUUAUUGGAGCGGCUAUUUUACGUCAAGACCUUUCUAUAAACGAAUGGAUAGAAUAGUUGAAGCUCAUUUGCGAGCCGCCGAAAUAGCUUACUCCUUAGCAAGAAUAGCUGAUACCAAGAAAUCGAUUUUCGACUCAGAUAAAAACAUGGCUGAAAUGUUAACAUUCUCUAGACGUUCUUUAGCCUUAUUUCAGCAUCACGAUGCAAUUACGGGUACUGAAAAAGAUUUUGUCGUUGUUGAUUACGCAAUGAAAUUGUUGAAAAGUUUGGAAAAUACGAAGAAAAUUAUACAAAAAUCGACAGAAUAUUUAAUGUCCGAUGGAAAUGAUGUUUUCACUUUAGACGAAACAAGACAAAGUCAAGAUUCAAUACCAGAAAAGCAAAUAAUCAAGCUCUCCUCGGCAAACGAGCGCUACGUCGUUUUCUAUAAUUCUUUAGCUAGCAAUAGAUCAGUUAUUGUUUCAAUUUGGGUAAAUAGCCCGUACGCUAUAGUCAAAAAUGAAUUUGGUCAAAUUAUUCAAUCUCAAUGUAAUCCCGUCUGGACAAAUAACGAACAAUAUAGUACAGAUCAAUUCAAGCUGCUAUUUGUAGUAACUGUUGGUGGCCUUGGGAUGGUUAGAUAUUCUAUAGAGAAAGCUGGACGAGGAGAAAAUCAAUUACAUUCCUUAGCUAAAAUAUAUUUUCAUAGCUCGGGUAACAAUUACCAGAAAAUAUUUGACUACCAAUCCGAUAGGAGUGACGUCACUUUGGAGAAUAGAGAAAUUUCAAUAAAAAUCUCUAGGAAUACUGGUACUUUGCAGGAAAUUAAGAAUAAAUUAGAUGAUAUAACUUCACAAGUGAAAGUAGAAUUUAUUUAUUAUGGAACAAGGGGAACUAAAGAGAAAUCGGGAGCAUAUUUAUUCUUACCAGAUGGCCUGGCUAAGCAAUUAUCUUCGCCGUCUGUAUUUGUCCGAUCAACAAAAGGACCUUUAUCCUCUGAAGUGAAUUCUUUCAUGAAAAAUGUUGAACAUAAAAUAAGAGUUGAAAAUGCUGGUGAUAUGAAAAAUCUUGGAGUAGAGAUCGAAAAUAUAGUUGAUAUUAGAUCAGAGCAAAAUUAUGAAUUGGGUAUGAGAAUUGUUACAGAUAUACAGAACGAAGAUAACGAGUAUUUUACUGAUCUAAACGGUUUUCAGAUGCAAAAGAGAAGAUACUUUAGCAAAAUACCACUACAAGGAAACUUUUAUCCCAUGGCUACUAUGGCUUACAUGGAAGAUAAGAAUAAAAGAUUUACUGUGCUUACAGGGCAAAGUUUAGGCUGUGCUAGUUUACAUACUGGUUGGUUAGAAAUUAUGCAAGAUCGACGAAUGAAACAAGAUGAUAAUCGGGGUUUGGGUCAAGGAGUGUUAGAUAAUAAGAGAACUCCUCAUAGGUUUAGAUUUCUCCUAGAGAAGAGAAUUUCCUCAGGAACCAAUGCUCAAUCGACUGGUUUUGCAUCGCUAACGGCAUCAAAGCUGUCAGAUGAUCUUAUACAUUCUAUAUUUGUCUUGCCUGCAAAAUCAAGUAUUAAUUCCCCUCAGAUAAAACAUUUCGUUACAACUUUAAACCAACCAUUAAAUUGUGAAUUACACGCUGUUAACUUACGAAGUGAUCUUAAAAAUCGUAAUAAUUAUGCCCUCAUUCUACAUAGAACUGCUCCAAACUGUGGCUUCAAAUCUCGAGGAUUAUUUUGUACUCCUGGUGGUGGAAAGAUAAACUUAGGAAAGUUAUUCUCAGCCUCGUACCAUUUAUCUGAAGUUAAAACAACUAGCCUAAACUUAUUAUGGGAUGACAAACCAAUAGAAUUUAAUAAAUUACCUGUAGAAAUAGCUCCGAUGGAAUUAGAAGUAUUCAAAUUAACAUUUUCAUCAUGAUCGUUGAACUCAGACCGAUUUUACAGUUCUUUUCUCUUUCCAUGACUAUAAAAUAGGUGACUGACCACAUUUGUUAUUUUUCCAUCAAGCGAUUGACUGUGAUUGAUUGUUUUUCUUAUUAAAUACUAAAUGUCUUUGAUUACUUCUUUGAUAAAGAAAAAAAGUACCAUUUUAAAGUGAUUAAUUUCAUAUAUACACUAAUAAAUCAUUUAUAUCUAUAUACUACUGUCUCUUGCAAUGAUAAUGUUGAUAUAAAAAUAAAAUAGGAUAUUGAAAUAUAAUCUUUACUUUAAGCUAAUUAAUUGUAUUCUUUUGAGUUCUACCCUUUUAUUAUAAUUUCCUUAAUUAUUAUACUUGGAACAAGAUAAUAUCAAGUUGAUUAUCCGAAAAUAAGCCCCCGCUCUUGUUGAUAUAUAUUCGAUUUUUAAUUCUUUAUGAGUUAUAUUUUGUCGAUUUCCUACAGAAAAAUAUAUCCACAAUACUUGUCUAAUUUAAUGACAAUGUUCUAUUGUUUAUGCUUAUAAAAUGAGACUUAUUAUAUUUCACAAUCCGCUAG